CAGCAGUGAGGGUGUUCGUAAAAAAGGCUUCUUUCCCAAAAAAAAAAAAAAAUUGUCCGUUAAGAUGGAUUCCCGUAACAUUGGAGAUAAUAUCAUUGAAAAUGUGGAGACAGGCGAGACGACUAAAUUAUCGUCCCUUUGGAGUGAGAGCGCAUGCGUGAUUCAGUUCCUGAGGCGUUUCGGUUGUCCGGUUUGUCGGAUGGGAUCACGUGACCUGACUCAUUUGAAACCGAGGCUUGACGCCGCCAACGUUCGAAUGGUAGCUAUUGGAAUGGAAGAGACGGGUGCGAAGGAAUUCCUCGAAUCGGGAUUUUGGAAAGGAGAAUUAUACAUUGACCGACAAAAGAAGAUAUACGGAGUGCUGAAUUUCGAGCGGUAUACCUUUAUGACAAUAAUUGCCUGUUUAUUCACCAAGAGAUCGAGGGAAGCAAUUAGUAAGGCAAAAAGUCAGGGUAUCAGCGGGAACAUGAGUGGUGAUACCCUUCAGAUGGGCGGUACUUUAGUCAUUGAUAAAGGUGGCAAAGUUCUUUUAGAAUUCAAGCAAGAGACACCCACUGACUCGGUUCCACUGGAUCGUAUACUCCGCGUCCUUGGUAUAGGACGUCAAGGCCGUACAUUCAGUAUGGAAUCUCACACGAGUAUCGACACAAGCCAUUGCGAUGAAUGUUGAACUUAGUUGAUAAUAAUUUAGUUGUAUUUAUGAUUAUAACGUACAAAAAGAGCAAGAUAGAGUUAUUGAUAAAUAAAACAGAU